ACCUUAAAGUAAUAAAUGUGAAGCGCAAUAAGUGACCCUCCUGUGAUCGCCGCAGGAUCGGAUGCUGCCUCCAUUCCCAUCCCUUCAUCAUGCUGCCUGGCACGGCUCAGUCUGGCUGAGAUGCUGCAAAGCGGGCAGGUUUAUGAACGCUCCUCAGUGUGAGGCUGCGUCCAUCGGUCAGCCAGCGGUGACUCAUUGCGCACGGUCAGUCGGUCGACUGGAGGCUUGGAUUUGGCGCUGCUCGGCCGUGGGAGAUCGAUACCUCUGAGAUUCAUUUUCUGGUGGAAGGCGUGGCUUGGUGUCACCGACACUGGGGUGAAUUUUCCAUAUUCAUUCUUCAUCUCACGAACAGAAGCGCGCAAACGGCACCCGAUUAGACGGGACAUCAAGGUUGCUGCAUAAAGGGUUCUGAUUGCCUGUCUAUCUUUGGGAAUACAACAAUAUUUGAAAAUUCAAACGGUGAAUUCAACAUGGGAACUAACCCAAAAAGGACAGUGACAGUCCAGAUGGUGCCUCAGCUGGCUGUGGCAGACCCUAUGGCCAAUAAGGAGUCUAAUGCCAACUGGGAUAUCGAGCCACACCUGAAACUCUCUCAGGUUUGUCCAAACGCCCCCCUCACCUCCCCCAACCUGCAGGAUAACCUGCCUACGUCAGGCGCUGCUGCCAACACUGUCCUACGUGUCCAUAAAUCCUCAUCAAAGGGAGGUGAAGCAGUUAGCAGCGUAGUGGCAGACACGCCAGCAGGGGGCAACGGGAAGCAGACACAAUCUGAACCUGGUACAGCUGGUGAGCAGCACCCAGCUAACCUGUUGCUAACAGGCCAACCUGGGAGUGAGACAAAAAGUGAUGACAGGGACUCUAAUGCUAACAUAAAAACAUCUAAUGGAAAAGAUACGUGUGCGGCCGGGUUACCGACUGCAGCCCCAGUGUCCAAGGUCGACGUGCGCAGCUACGACUCCAGUAUAAAAGGGACGAGUUCUUCGGAGACAGCGUCUGUGCAGCCCGCAUCUUCAACCAAACCCAAAGCACAAAAGAGCAGCAAUAAAAAUAAAAAUCCCUGCAACACCAGUGAAUUAGGAAAUUCAGCAUCUGCAUCCCAACAGGAUAUUCAGGCUUCCCAUAACAAAUCUACUGCAGUAUUACAGAAGACGCAAAAGCCAGAUAAUUCACAAAAAAGCUCAUCGAGCUCUCUAACUGCAAAACCUGAAAACAGGUUGGAAACUGUAGCCCCCCUUACCUCCACUAAACUUCCACCACCAAGUAAAGGAGCAGAAAUCACCACUACAGUUGAAAAUACAUGUUCAUCACAUUCAGAGAGGGAUUUCCGAGUAGUAAUGGCAGCACAGGUCUCCUCCAAUAAACAUCACCCUGCACCUACAGAGAAGGAUUCAUCCAGUGUGCCCCAAGCAGCAAAAAACAAGCCAACGUGUGGGCAGGUGUCUGAGGAAACCUGCCAGAUUGACACAGCUGUCUGCGCAGGACAGCAGCACAGCACACACUAUAAGGAGGCUUCCACAAUGACCUCAUUUGUGCCGCCAGCCAAACAGUGUCAUGAUAUGGAGGUCCAGGCCGUAGCAAACACAUCCAGUAAAGCUGUGGGUACGAGUCCGAGUCUGUUGCGCUUUACUUCCACUCGCAGGCUAAGCAGCGGUGUUGGUGUCACGAGGGAAGAGGCGCAGAGUCUAGAUGUUGUGUUCCCAGUUCAUGAAGGCGUGGGUCCCUAUCAGAUCUACACAACUUCCCUGUCCGCCAUAGAGAGACUCACUGUAGAGGCAGAGAUGUGCCCCAAUCAGGCUGCAGGUCUAAGCUCCACAACUGUGUCCCAGCAGCUUGACUCCAGGUUAGGAGCCAAGCCCAAGGAACCUGGAUCUGCUCUGAGCAGUAUUCAGCCAGUUUAUCAAAUCAACAUUGAACACAGCAACCACAAGAAGGACACAGUGACAAGCGGGGUUGAAAUAUCUUCAACUGCUAAAGCUUCCUCUCUGAAAGCAGGCGCAUCCCCAGAGACAGACGGUGCUUAUGCUGACAGAAACAAUGCGCUUUCUCAGGGUCUGCCAGCAACCACAAUGACAGCAAAAACAGCAGCAAAGUCAAAAACAAAUUCAGCUGAGCAGGAGAUAAAGCCAGAAAACAAUGAAGAGCAGGACGAUCAGACGCAGAAGGAUAAAAGCGUCCAUGAUGUCAUCUGGGACGAACAAGGGAUGACGUGGGAGGUCUACGGAGCCUCUGUGGACCCGGAAUCGCUUGGUUUUGCCAUUCAGAGCCACCUGCAGUGUAAAAUCAGGGAGCAGGAGAAGAAGCUGAUUGCCCAGACUUCCUUCCGAAAGUCCAUCUCCGGUGUUGAUUCACCACAACGUGGGGAAAAGAACAAAAGGAGGCAGCAGAACAUUUUCAGGUCAAUGCUGCAAAAUGUCAGGAGGCCCAACUGCUGUGUGCAUCCCCCUCCCUCCUCUGUUCUUGACUAGCCCUGCACCAUGGUGGCCAGCAUGAGAUUCCUCUGUUUUCCUGGAGGUCACAGUGUUUGUCCUCCCUCUGUCAGGACUGAGAUGCCAAGUGAAACAUUAACGGGACACCGAUCCUUAUAUGUGAGUAUACUGGAAUGUUGUAGCAUAAGAGUCCAAAUAUUUGUGACGUUUGUGAACUGAUAAAGUAGGAUAUAGAAGCAUAAAAUAAACAAUUAUUUUAUAGAAAUAGAAUGUAAUAAAAAGAGAGAAAACACUUUUUAAAAAUUAUAGUUAAAGGCAUGUAUCUUAGCUUCAAAUGCUUUAUGGCUUACAGUUCACACCAAUCAUAAGGUACGACCUAUUGUCACAUUUCAUUUGUGCAAAUAUAUUGAGCUGAUAUCUCCUGUGUUGGAUUUGGUAAAUGUUUUCAAGGUGUUUGGGAGAUUUUUGUGUCAUGCGUUCAUGUAUUUUUCACCUGUGUGGUGGCAAAAAAGGGAAGCACUGUAUACAACCAUAAAUGUUAUGUUUAUUCUCUGUUAUUCCUUGGAUUUCUAUUAAAAUAAUCUAAAACUA